GGGGGCCCCCCCCAGUGCACGGCCGUAAUCAAGGACAUGUUCCCCUGGCUGAUCGGCCGCAAGUUCGCCGAGAAGGUGCUGACCGCGAACGGGCGCAACGAGGCAGAGGAGAUUGCGUGGCAGGUCGUCGAGGCCUUCUCCACGAACCUGGACCAGCUGCCAUGGAUCGACGCGGAGACCAAGAAGGCGGCGAAGCUGAAGCUCAGGCACAUUCGUGUCAAGAUCGGGUGGCCCUCAUGGCUUUUCGAGAACUCCAACCUCCUGCAUUUCUACAGCUUCGCUCUUGCCUUCGACAACGGUAUGAAAUUUGCCGAGAUGGUGUGGCAUACGAAGUUCUACAUGCUUCAACGGGCUGUUGCUCGCGUGGAUUCCCCCAAGGACUGGGAAAGCAUGUGGGUGCUGGAUCCGACUGUCAUGAAUAUGGUGUACAACCAGGAAGCGAACGACAUUGUCGGCUUUGCGGCCUUCCUCCAGAAGCCACAGUUCGAUGAGAAGAGGCCCAUGUCUUUCAAUUUCGGUUUCCUGGGCGCCGUCUAUGGUCACGAGCUGUCCCACGGCUUCGACUCCAACGGCGCCCAGCGAGGCCCCUGGGGUAACGUUCUUGACUGGUGGACGGACUCGGCCAAGAAGAAGUUCCACGAGCAACAGGCGUGCUUCAUCAAGCAGUACUCCAGCUGGCCAAUCCGCGGCGACCGAGGAGAUGGCUCGACGGACAUGAGACAACAGGUCUUCGACGACGGCAAGAAGUGCCUCGGUGAGAACAUCGCCGACUCGGGUGGCCUCGGCCUGGCCUUCAUGGCAUACAAGACGUGGGCCUCCCGCAACGGCCAGGAGCCGAGGCUCAAGGGUCUGGAAAAGUACUCCCCCGAGCAGCUGUUCUUCAUUCGCUACGGCGCAGGCUGGUGCGACGUGUCGGCGUUCGACACCCUGAACAAGACCAUCCACGGCGAGGACCCCCACGCGGUGAACCGGAUGCGCGCCGUCGGGGCGGUGCAGAACAGCCGCGCGUUCGCCAAGGUUUGGGGUUGCGCGGAUGGCAAGCCGAUGAACCCUCCGGUGUCCGACAAAUGCGAGCUCUGGGGCAUCGACAUGGGCGACUCCCCCACGUCCGGAGGUGACGACACGCCUGAAAUUCCUGGCGGCGGAGAGCCCCCCGAAAUUCCAGACAAGCCUGACCACACCGAUCACUCAACGAAGGCGUUUGAUGGGGAGUAUCAUCUUAAGUCCGACCUCGACUCGAACUUUGUGAAGAUCACCAUCAACCAGGGCCGUUGGUCGGGCUACGCGAUGCCGACGCAUAUCGUCAGCGGAACGGUGAGGUGCGGUGCUACCAGGUGCCAUCUCUCUGGCACUGAUGGGUCAAAGAUCGUGGAUGUUGGCAGUAUGGACCUGUCGUAUGCGACCGUGACUCUCAAGUUGCAGAACGGCCGAGAUCGGGUGUACUACAUUCGCAAGAUCAUCAGGCAAAGUUGA